UCCCGCCCCGCCGCCGCAGCCCCAGCCUCCGCGUCACCCCGCGUUCGCUGUCAGCGCCUCCGCCAUGCGGGAGAUCGUGCACCUGCAGGCCGGCCAGUGCGGCAACCAGAUAGGGGCCAAGUUUUGGGAGGUGAUAAGUGAUGAGCAUGGCAUCGACCCCACGGGCACAUACCAUGGGGACAGUGACCUGCAGCUGGAGAGAAUCAAUGUGUACUACAACGAGGCCACAGGAGGAAAUUAUGUUCCCAGAGCAGUACUGGUGGACUUGGAACCAGGCACCAUGGACUCAGUGCGCUCAGGCCCUUUCGGCCAGAUCUUUCGGCCAGACAACUUUGUGUUUGGCCAGUCUGGAGCCGGCAACAACUGGGCCAAGGGUCACUACACCGAGGGCGCAGAGCUGGUGGACGCCGUCCUGGACGUGGUGCGGAAGGAGGCUGAGAGCUGUGACUGCCUGCAGGGCUUCCAGCUGACCCACUCGCUGGGCGGGGGCACGGGGUCGGGCAUGGGCACGCUGCUCAUCAGCAAGAUCCGCGAGGAGUUCCCAGACAGGAUCAUGAACACCUUCAGCGUGGUGCCCUCGCCCAAGGUGUCGGACACGGUGGUGGAGCCCUACAACGCCACCCUGUCGGUGCACCAGCUGGUGGAGAACACGGAUGAGACCUACUGCAUCGACAACGAGGCCCUCUACGACAUCUGCUUCCGCACCCUGAAACUCACCACCCCCACCUACGGGGACCUCAACCACCUGGUGUCGGCCACCAUGAGCGGGGUGACCACCUGCCUGCGCUUCCCGGGCCAGCUGAACGCGGACCUGCGCAAGCUGGCCGUGAACAUGGUGCCCUUCCCGCGCCUGCACUUCUUCAUGCCCGGCUUCGCGCCCCUCACCAGCCGGGGCAGCCAGCAGUACCGCGCGCUGACCGUGCCCGAGCUCACCCAGCAGAUGUUUGAUGCCAAGAACAUGAUGGCCGCCUGCGACCCGCGCCACGGCCGCUACCUGACCGUGGCCGCCGUGUUCAGGGGCCGCAUGUCCAUGAAGGAGGUGGACGAGCAGAUGCUGAGCGUGCAGAGCAAGAACAGCAGCUAUUUCGUGGAGUGGAUCCCCAACAACGUCAAGACGGCCGUGUGCGACAUCCCGCCCCGGGGCCUGAAGAUGGCCGCCACCUUCAUCGGCAACAGCACGGCCAUCCAGGAGCUGUUCAAGCGCAUCUCCGAGCAGUUCACGGCCAUGUUCCGGCGCAAGGCCUUCCUGCACUGGUACACGGGCGAGGGCAUGGACGAGAUGGAGUUCACCGAGGCCGAGAGCAACAUGAACGACCUGGUGUCCGAGUACCAGCAGUACCAGGACGCCACGGCUGAGGAGGGCGAGUUUGAGGAGGAGGCCGAGGAGGAGGUGGCCUAGGGCUGCUCCCUUCACCUCCCGUUUGCCCCCCACCCCUAGGCUGCUGACCUCUGACCCCUAAGAGUGCUUGCAGACCCCCGCUUCACCCCAGAGCCUGACUCAUCUCUGACCCUAUCAACUUCUCUCCACCUGACCCUAACAUGGCUUUGGAGCCCACGAACCUCACUGCACCUCUGACCCUGGCUCCCUCUGACCCUCAACUCCACUUCAUCUCCAACCCCCUGAGCUCUUCCAACUCUAACAUUCACAUGAGCCCUGCUUCACCUCAGACCCCUGAGCCCUACCUUGAACUCCAUGAGCCCUUCUUCACCCCAACCUCUCCUUCACCUUUAACCUCACCCAUGAACCCCAUUGCACCCCGAGACUUGUAAGACCCAGUUUACCUUUAACCUGCCCUCUAAGCCUCGCUUCACCUCCAGCCUGACCUUGCCUUACCUUUGAUACCAGUUCCUGAACCUACUCCCCUCAGGUCCUGCCCACCUGCCUGUCCAGGGGUGUAGAGCCCUGGAGCAGGUGGGCACGAAAAGUUGUGCCCCUCCCCAUCCUCUGCCCCCCGCCUCACCAUCAAUAAAUGAAUUAUC